AUGUCCAACUAUCUACGCGCAAUGUUUACUUUUCAAUUUUUUCCUUCUUUCUUUCUUUCUUUCUUUCCUUCUUUCUUUCUUUCUUUCUUUCAUUCUUUCUUUCUUUCUUUCUUUGCCUUUAGUCAAAUCCUUUCUUUCUUUCUUUCUUUUUUCUUUCUUUCUUUUUUCUUUCUUUCUUUUUUCUUUCUUUCUCAAAUCCUUUCUUUCUUUCUUUCUUUUUUCUUUCUUUCUUUUUUCUUUCUUUCUGUUUUCUUUCUUUCUUUCUUUCUUUCUUUCUUUCUUUCGUUGCCUGUAUCUAAACAAUAUUUGAUUAGCAAACCCUUUCUUUCUUUAUUUUCCUUUCUUUCUUUCUUUCUUUUUUCUUUCUUUCUUUUUUCUUUCUUUCUUUUUUCUUUCUUUCCAAAUCCUUUCUUUCUUUUUUUCGUUCUUAUUUUAUUUCUUUCUUUCUUUCUUUCUUUACCAUUUCCGUCUUUUUUCUUAAUCCAAUUCUCUCUUCAUUUCUCUUUUAACUUCUCUAAAUUCUCCUUUCAUUUCUCUCUCUCUCUCUCCCCCCCCACUUCUAAACGUUCUCCUGUCUCCUCCUCUUUGAUUAUUACUUUUUUACUUUUUCUUUUAAUCUUUUAUUUUGACUUUCUAUUCUCUCCUUUUUCACUCACCCUCUUUUUCCCUUCCCUUCUCUCCUUUCUUACGUCUCUCUCUUUUCCUCUUCCUCCUCUUCUCCCUUUUUUACACUCCUCUCUUUCCCUUCUCAUAUUCGUUCCUUUCUCACACCCCUCUCUGUUUCUUCUUCCUCUUCUCUCUUUUUUAACACCUCUCUCCUUUCCUUUACAUUAUUAUUUCCUUUUUAUACUCUUCUCUUUUUCUUACCCUCUUUUCUCAACUCUCACUUUUCCUCCUCUUCUCUCCUUUCGCCUAUUCUUUCCUCUCUUAACAUGUUUCUCUUUUGCUCCCAUCUUUCUUCAACGCUCUUUUUUUCAUCCACCUCCCUUCUUUUUUACAGCUCUCUCUUUUCCUUCUCCUACUCUCUCCUUUCUUACGUCCUUCUCUUUUUCUCCACGUCUCUCUCUUUUUACGCCACUUCCGCUUCUCUCCUUUUUAAAGAGAAGGGUGUAA